AACUUUGGGCAAAGCUGCAAAUCCACAAUUGGGAGGAGGACAGGUCGACGCGCUUUCCGCAAUCCCCUCAAGAGAUCACUUGCAGUCAUUAGCAUUGAGAACGGGUCGGCAUGCGGUGGUUGCCGGCACUAGCUCUUCUGGGCGCAUUGGUAUGCACAGCAAGGGCGGACGAACACUCGCACAAGUACACCGACGGCGAGGAAGUGGUCCUAUGGUUCUCGACAGUAGGGCCUUAUGACAAUCUGCAAGAAAGUUAUGACUUCUUGUCACUCCCAUUUUGUGUGGGGACGAAGGAGGUCCAUCAUAGACAUGAGUCGCUGGGCGAAGCUCUUCUGGGCGUGCAGCUGGUGAACGCCGGGGUGGAUAUAAAGUUCAAAGAGGAUGUCUUGAAGACGGAGUUCUGUACAAAGGAGAUGUCGCGAGCCGAUGUUAACGACUUGCGGGAGGCAGUUCAAAACAAAUACUUCUAUCAAAUGUUCGUCGAUGAUCUGCCGCUAGGAGCAUACGUCGGCGAAGCGGAAGGAGACAACAUCUCUUUCUUUACACAUAGACAUUUCAACAUCAGUUAUCGCGAUGAUAGGAUCAUUCAUGUAAAGAUUACCACGGGGGACACUUUGGCUCUGCCGGAAAAGGGGACAGCGGAUCCUGUGUUCCGAGUGCCAUUCACCUACUCCGUCACGUUUACGGAAACGGACGAGCCCUUCGAGAACAGAUUCAAUAAGUACCUGGAUAGGGACUUCUUCGAGCACAAGAUUCAUUGGUUUUCAAUCGCAAAUUCCUUCAUGAUGGUUCUGUUCCUCUUUGGCUUGGUUGCGCUCAUUAUGAUUCGCACCCUCAAACGGGACUACGCGCGAUAUGACUCCGAGCAAGGUCUUUUGGACCUGGAUCGAGACCUCGCGGACGAAUAUGGGUGGAAACAAGUGCACGGCGAUGUGUUCCGCGCUCCAUCGAGACUGUCGGUUCUAUCGGCAUUCAUAGGGACAGGGGUGCAGUUGGUCGUCCUUGCAAUCUCCAUCAUCGUUUCGGCCAUGGCAGGGGACAUGUACCUCGAGCGGGCCACCAUCUUGACGGCAACCAUAUUCCUGUAUGCAUUCACGUCCUUCCUGAGCGGCUACGUGAGUGCCGCCACGUUCAGCAGCUACAGUGGCCGCAACUGGGUCCGAACGAUGUUCCUCACGGCGGCGUUUUGGCCAGCAACCGUUGCGAUUGUGGCAAAUAUCGUCAAUUUUGCCGCGAUCUCGAUUCAAUCGACGAGGGCUAUCCCGUUCGGAUCUAUGGUUGCUAUUAUCGCCAUCUGGCUUCUGGUUGUGUUCCCGUUGACCUUUAUCGGAUACGUCGUUGGCAAGAACUUCACAAAGCUGCCAAACUUUCCCUGUCGGGUUAACCCGAUCCCAAGGCCGAUCCCGGACAAGAUAUGGUAUACACAACCCGCCGCCAUCAUUGGGCUGGCAGGCUUGUUCCCAUUUGCGUCUAUUUUCAUUGAGCUCUACUUUGUCUUCCAAUCUUUCUGGACAUUGCGUAUAUACUAUGUCUAUGGGUUCCUUUUCCUUGUUUUCGUAAUGCUAGUGCUUGUGACGGCCUGCGUCGCCAUCGUCUCGACAUACCUCCUCCUGAACAACGAAGACCAUCGGUGGCACUGGAUAUCAUUCCUGUCGAGCGGAUCAACAGCGCUGUAUGUGUUUGGGUACUCGAUAUACUACUUCGUAACCAAGACAAAAAUGCACGGCUUCUUCCAGACGACGUGGUACUUUGGGUACAUCGGGUUACUAUGCGUCGGGCUGUUCCUGCUGCUGGGUACGGUAGGCCAUUGGGCCGCUGACAAGUUUGUCUCGCGCAUCUAUCGCAAUGUCAAAAUAGAUUGAAGAUGAUAAAAUGCGCGCUCAGGGUAGUGAUAGACUUCAAGUAGUGGCACCGUGGCGCACUGCGAACCUUGAAUGUAUAUAGGUAGUUGAGGAAAGAUAGCCUAACUGAUGCGACACUACUGCCGUUCAAAGUCACAGCGACUCUCGCCAGUCUUGACGUUGUUUUCUCUCAUUCCUCCAACCAUCGAACGCGAGCUUUCCACGGUGGAAACCCCUCGACCGUUCAGUUCGAAGGCAGCCUCCCGAGUCCUCUAGCGACA